CUCUGCACGUCAGAGGCAACUCCGAGCAUCGGCCGAUUUUGAGCUGGCUCUGAACAUGAGUAAUGCAAUGCGCUAAAAAGAUCGGCGUAUGGAGAAUCUGGGGUUCCUUCUCCCAAAGUGAGUUACGGAUAGCAGACGGAUAUUCGGCGCAGCACGAUGCUUGCCGUGCGAAUGAUUGCCAGUGGUAUAACUUGAUAGUUGAUACGCUCAUUCGCAACAGCGUUUGAGCUCUUGAGAAUGAACGAACUUUCGCGAUGGGCUCUGUCACAGACUUCAAACUACGCAUUGCCUCAGCCUCUGGCGCGGUCACAGAUCGCCGUCAUGGCUUUGCUGACCUUGCAAAGAACGAAGAUGUCAAGUACAUCGUUGGCGACUGGAUGUCUGAGUACAACAUGACCACUCGCGGUGGUAGCAAGAUCAACAACAGCGGAGCUUCGGACGAGUUCGAGGAUUCAUUCCUGGAAGCACUCGAGCCAGCCUUGCCAUAUCUGGCAUCGAGGGGGAUAAAGGUCGCUGUCAACGCCGGAGCCAGCGACACUCAGAAGCUAUACGAUAUCGUGGUUGAAAAGGUCAAGGCUGCCGGCUUGGACCUGAAAGUUGCCUGGGUCGGUGGCGACGAGGUCAUCGACUUGGUCAAGAGUGCCUCGAAAGAAGGAAACGAUUUCAAGAACUUAACCACCGGCAAGGUCUUGAGCGACUGGGAAUUCGAGCCCAUCUAUGCUCAGUGCUACCUGGGAUGCUGGGGCAUCGUCGAAGCUUUCAAGCAUGGCGUAGAUAUCGUCUUGUGCGGUCGAGUUGCCGACGCCUCUCCAACGAUCGCCUCCGCAGCGUACCACUUCGGUUGGGGCCGUGAAGACUACGAGCAACUCGCUCAUGCUUUUGUUGCCGGACACUUUAUCGAAUGCUCUACUUACACUACAGGCGGAAAUUUCUCCGGCUUCAAAAGUCUACCAGGCGCGUCCUUAAAUCUUGGAUAUCCCAUUGCUGAAAUCGGCGCCAACGGCCAGUUCGAUGUCACGAUGCAGAAAGAAUGUGAUGGUAUGGUUACCAUUGAUACAUGCAAGGCGCAGCUGCUGUACGAGAUUCAAGGUCCACUCUAUUACAAUUCAGAUGUAGUCGCUGUGUUGGACGGGAUUAAGAUCGAGCAAAACGGAGAAAACCGAGUACACGUUAGUAAUGUGGGUUAUCUGCGGCCUCCACCAACGACAAAGGUUGGCAUCACGGCCAAAGGUGGUUACCAAGCAGAGGCACACUACUUCCUCUGUGGCCUUGACAUCGAGGAGAAGGCCCGCAUGCUAGAGAGACAGGUGCGUGCGUCUCUAGACGAAUCGAAAUACCAUUGCCUCAAGUUCAGGGUCAGUGGCCGAUGCCCGGUCGAUCCUAAAAAUCAGGACGCCGCUACCGUUGAUCUCCGGAUUUUCGCGCAAGCUAGGAAUGAAGCGGAUCUAGCUACUGCAAAGUUCCUCCGACCUAUCACAAACACUGUCAUGCAGAGCUAUCCUGGAGCCACAUUUGGUGUCGACUCCAGACAAGCAAUUCCCAAACCGUACUACGAGUACUGGGUAGCGUUGCUUUCCCAAAGCAGUGUGAAGCAUGUGUGCCAUAUUCCAUCGGCGAAACUGGAAGUUCCCAUUGCUGCCCCCACCAGUACACAGGACUUCCUGUAUGUUCAAAGCACAUAUGAGACGGCAGAUCCUCGCAAGCUUUCUGAAUUCGGACCAACGACUCGGGUGCCUCUGGGUUACAUUGUCCAUGCGCGUUCAGGGGACAAAGGCUCGGAUUGCAAUGUUGGGCUAUUCGUUCGCCAAGCUGACGAGUACGAGUGGCUUAGAAGCCUCCUGACUGUGGACAAAGUCCGCCAAUUUUUGAACGAAGAUGAUACAGGGAAGCCGAUAUUCCGCUUCGAACUUCCCAAUAUCUGGGCCGUACAUUUUCUUUUGAAAGAUCACCUUGAUCGAGGUGUAUCGUCCAGCUCGACAUACGAUGUGCUAGGCAAGAAUCUAGCAGAAUAUCUGCGUUGCAAACUGGUCGAUGUCCCCGACAAGUUCCUUAUCAGGGGCAAUAUUUAGGUGCAAUAUGCUCCGCAGGUCAUCGUUCGUUAUAUGUGUAUGAAAUUAUAAAGCUGAAUGAACACAUCAAGAGUUCUUGCAAGUUCGGCACUGUAAAGAUUAUCAAGGCCAACCAGAAUUUAGGGCUGGACACGAAUAUUCGACUGCG